UACUAGACAAUUCCCUGCAACAUCCAACAGCCCACACAGUGUGCCAUCUUCUCAAUUUCCCUCACAUAACUUGGGUUAAGUUUGGUUGCUUCUAGAAGUUCAGUUGACCCCUCAUCCAAUGUUUGGUCAACUGACUCCUUAAUGCAAUUACCCAAAUCCAAGCAGGCUUUGCCCAUUGUGGAGACCAAGGGUGUUUCAUCUCGCUGAAAGGGGCCAUCUAAAAAGGUUAGCAAAAAAUAAAAAUGACACUCAACCAAUUAGUGUCUAUAAAAACAUCGGUUUUUUAAACAAAGGCAACACCUGUUACGCCAACGCCAUUUUGCAAGUAUUAAGUACCAUUCCAACACUCUGGUGCCAGAGUGGGUCAGAAUCGUUUCAUUUAUCACCUAUUGCGAGGUCUAUUUCCCUUAACAUGGCGAAGCUGAAGCAAUCAUUGUCACCUGUUGACCCUUCGAAUUUUCUCUGGGCCCUUAAACGUCAAAUGCACUCUGAUGGAAAAGUGGACUUCCAAUUUAAUACUCAGCAAGAUGUAGCAGAGAUUUUGUUUGUGGUUUUGGACGCCCUUAAGGGAUUUUCCCCGAUUGCUGCAGAUAAAAUUUCAACUGAAAUCUCAAUGUCCGUAAGCUGUAGCACCUGCCUGUGCACCUCGGUAAAUGUGGAAAUGCAGGACAUUUUCACACUGCCAAUGACAUCUAAAAUCCAAUCUUGUGUCCGCAAAUUUUUAGAACUGGAAAUUCUAACUGAUGGAAACAAGUGGUUUUGUCUGCAAUGCUUUGCACAUAGAGAGAGUACUAGAGAAACGCAAAUCAGCAGGAUUAGUGAAAUCUUAUUCCUGCAUCUUAAAAGGUUUUUAAAACAUGGUGAACAUCUGGUAAAAGACAACAGAGUUGUUGAAUGUGUUUCUUUACGUGACUCUCUUCUGCAACUACCUCUCGUCAGUGAUACGGACACAAUGUUUAAUCAGAACUACUCAUUGUUAGCAACAAUUAAUCACUCCGGUACGGUAACCGCAGGUCAUUAUUGGGCUUAUGUUAAGGAUCCUGCCACAAAUUCUUGGUACCACUGCAACGAUGAGCGGUUUGCAAAUGCUCUCCACCUAUUCUCAACAACAAUUCAUGUUAUAUUCUUUGUUACGUUCGCUGUUGAUCCGCUUUUUCUUUCUUUCUUAUACAUUUAUCAUUACGUUUAAAAAACCUGUACUUCCAGGGUCAUGGGGGAGGAAAAUGUAAAUCCGAGCGGUUUUAUAUUACCCCAGCUAGUUCAUUCGAACCAGUUUGCCGUCAAUACCCAGAGGGUAAAGAGUUCAGCUCACUCUUCUCUGGUAACUUAAAAGAAGCUUAGCAAGGGGGUUUGCUUUCAGCUUGUCUUUGGGUGUAACGAUCCCACUUUUUACCACAGUUCAAUAAGGUGCCCAAGUUUACUAACUUGCUCUUCAGGCUUGGCAGCCCUGCUGUCCUUAGUCAAAAUAUGUACAGGCUGGUCCAGUCAUGACAACCUCCUGUGUAAGGCUGAGUGUUUGGGCCCUGUAACACAUGUGGAAAGCUACAGCCAGAGUCACAAGCUCUGGCGCACAGGAGGGCUUUAUAUAAUUCUUUUUUAUAUUAUAUAUUUUUGACAUAUACAUUUUUUCCAUUUGUGUUUGUUCUGUAACCAGUCCGUUUAUGUUGUUAGCUCUGUCUUGUGUUGUAUUGUUUGUGAUUGAAGGAUUGUUUUUUCUCUUUAAGAUUUUCUCAGUGAAUAGUUAUAGGUCCAAGUUGGACAGUACUCAUGCUUGUAAUAAGCAAGAAAGUGUAUUCAGCACCUUCUUCUGGGAGCCUAAUCCCAAUUUUAUUUACAUCCACCGUCCCUGUAGACAAGAUACUUCAGUGCAGCUUGCUGUAUUGUAAACCUUUUUCAAUUUUUGCGUGCUAUGAAAAGUCAUAUCGCAACCGCGAAGGGAAGCGUGUUUAAUAUCUUUGCUCAGCACGACGUCCCGAGGUCCUUGAAUAUCUUCUACCUUGUCUGUCAUUAGAUGUUCCAUUUCUUCGAAGUCUUUUUAGUAUUGGUAUCAAGACAUCUACCACUUGUGAUACAUGUCAUUCUUGCGGUCGGAAUGACGUCACCACCAUGGCAACGAUAACUAGCCAUUUUGGCUUGGGGGUAGAAUAUGGUAGUAAAAAGCGGGAAAGACAGCAUUGCUUCAAUAUUCUCAGCAGGAUGCCAAAGUGUUGUUGUGUUGAAAACUGUACAAAUAAUAAGAGGAAUAGGCAAGAUUUAAAUUAUUAUAUUAUUCCAAAAGAGGAAAAACGUCGAAGACUAUGGCUAAAUGCGAUAAGUCGUGCACAAGUUGAUGAAUCUGGAAAAGUUCUUGACAAAACAUGGUCACCCAAAUCACUACAUAAUUUUGUUUGUUCUCAACAUUUUGCAACUGGUAAGGCAUACUCCCAACUGCGUACAUGUGCGUUUUGUUAGCCUGUUCUGUAUUCGAAACUGAAAUGUGUAGCUAGUAAAAAUAAUCCUUUUAGGAAAGAAAGAGAAACAUCCUGAUUAUAUUCCUUCUGUUUUCCCUGGGAGAACUAAAGACAACUCUUCAGAAAUGGGUAAAAUGGAUCGCGUCAACAGAAGAAUUAACAGGGCUCUGAGUAAAGAAUUUCCAUCAUCAAGUACAUGUGUUGAAGAACCGACGGAAUUAACGUUGACUGAACAGACCGAUUCAAGUACCAAUGUAUCCAGUUCGUUGGUAGAGGAAGAAAGGACUCCAUUGUAUAUGGAGACG